GACACAUUCUCUCAGGUGAAGACUCUAUUCCGAGUUUAUACUUAUAUGACCGCUGCUUCUUCUCCAGUCGUCUCUGAACUAUCCUGUUGGUUAUCUUCAUCACUUACCACUGUGAGAUACUCUCCUCGACGCCCCCUCAUCUCCUCAAAUUUUGGGCCAUGUCAUCAUAUACCCCACAGGAGGAUUUAUCGCUUGAACGGUCUCGUCUCAUUGGAAUGGUGUUGGGGGGUGUAUCCUACGGGGUAUUCCUUCUCCUUACGGUACAAGCCAUGACUAUUCUCAUGCAACGCCCUCGAAAUGGGAAGAAAAUUGCCGAUCAUCGUCGCGCGCUUCUUUGUUACAUAUUCAUCACGUUCGUAUUGGGGAGCAUAAACUUUGCUUGCAAUGCGAAAUAUACGGAGAUGAUCUGGAUAGACCUUCGUGGUGCGCCUGGUGGUCCCGUCGCGCUGAUCAGAAACGUAAUGAAUUACCGUAUCAACGUUUUGGCGAUAUCCUGUUGUUACCUCAUGAAGUUGAUCAUGGAAGCUCUGCUUCUUUAUCGAUGUCUUAUAAUAUGGGAUCGGGAUAGACGUGUGAUGAUCCUCAUGGUCAUCAUAUAUAUUGCCAUGAUCGUAGCAGCUAUUCUCCUAUUGAUCCAGGCGGGUACCGGUGUCAUAUUUUACAACAUCAACCCCUCACUUGCAUACCUCUCCCUCCAAGUCGUUUUUACUGUGGGUUAUACCAUUCUCGUGGCGAGUCGUUUACUCGCCAUCCGAGGCAAGAUGAAGCAAGCCAUAGCUGGAUAUGAUUCUAGCACCUACGAUACCAUCAUCCUCAUGGUCGUCGAGUCUGCCAUGUCAUACACUGUCGUCGUCAUUAUCUUUAUAGUUGGAUUCGCUCUGCAUUCAGACUCUAUUUCCACUCUAUGCUUCCUGUCUCUCAACGAAUUCCAGGGAAUUUCCCAGUUGUUCAUUAUAAUACGUGUAGCACAGGGGAGGGCGGUCACACAGCAGUGGUCGAACCGAGUGACUACGGCACCUACGGCUUUAGCAUUAGCAAGGACUGUACCGGACGCACCGGAAGGAACCAACGUUGCACGAGUAGCUAGGCUAGAGCAGGGCAGUGUUAAGUUGUAUUCUGUUUCGGCAAAGGUUGCGGAGGUAGAAGUGUGUAUGGCAUGACAUGCUUGGUUUAUCCCUUUAUCAAAUUGUCUUCUAUGUAUAAUGUCACGGAAAUCGUUUCAGUUUCAGCUCACCGCUACUUCAGGAGAAAAUGCAG